GUGUAGGCGUGUGUAUAUGCAUAUGUGCAUGAGUGUGCUCAGAUAGAAUUGCUUCCUGGAAUGUGAAUGCUCGUGCAUGUAAGAGAAAAACAGAGACAGCUUUUAAUUGAUCUAUGUAUUCCAACUGUCUAUAAUUCUGAUCAAUCAGCUCACACAUUUAGAGCAAGAGAAACUCAGAGGGAGGGAGAGAGCAGAAGAGAGAGAGAUUUGUCAGGACCUGAAAGGUGUUCUUGUUUUUCUUGUUUUCUGCAUUUCUGCAUUUCUGCAUUUCUCUAUGAGGCGUAAACAGAAGAUGUGAGACUGACGCAUAUCUUCUUGUACGAUGAAUCCCCCAGCAGUUGUUCCCAGAAAACAUUCUUUAAUCAGACCUUAUUCUACAGAGGGCCGGCCCCCUCAUUCACGAGUGAAUGGAAAGGAACGAGUUAGACAACCAGAACAUGACGUGGAGCUGGUAAACCACUGCAUUUCUGAUGUGGAGAGCUUCAUGGCCCAACUGAAACUGGCAGCUGAUGCUCAGCACACUCUGGAGCAAAACAUGAAAAAAAACAAGAACAGCAAGAAGAAGAAAAAGCAGGGCUAUGAUGUCAUGGUGACAGAAGUAAGCCUUCCAUCUAAGCAAGAGUUUGUGGACAUUUUCCAGAAGAUUAAAUACUCAUUCAAUUUGCUGGACUGUUUGAAGACAGACAUAGCAAAUCCGAACUCUGAAGAGCUUCUACAUCACCUGUUCAUUCCUCUCUAUCUGAUGGUCAAAACUACAGGUGGUCCUGACUUGGCAGCCGCUGUGUCCAGUCCUGCACUGACCAGUGGAGCCAUUUCCCUCCUGCAGCAGAAUCUCACACAUGAGGAGAAAGAGUUGUGGAGUUCUCUCGGCCCCAACUGGACCCAGGCAAAUUCACAGCAUGCAAAAUCAGCACCCCCAUAUACUCCGGUGUUUCUGGACGGUUGGAAGCCUGAUGAACUUGAUGCGAGCAGUCCGGCAUUUAAAGAUCCUCUCGAAUCUCAAAACAGACAAGAUGCCAUGUUGAGACACCCACAGUUAGAUAUUAACCAGCCAUCAUCACCUGUCCAGCUCACAGAAGAAAGUGCUGAAAUUCCACUUCCUGACCAGGUGUACCGCUGCAGUUACGACUUUGUGGCCCGAAAUAGUAGCGAGCUUUCAGUGCUGCAUGGUGAAACUCUUCAGGUGUUGGAUGCGUCUAAGAGGUGGUGGAAGUGCAGGAACAAUUACGACCAGAUUGGAUUUGUUCCAUCGAAUAUCCUGGAACCCAUAAAAGAGACAGAGCCAGAGUACAGCGUGGUCAUGCGCAAACCAUCUACAAAUGUUCCCUUGUCUCCUUCGGGAUUUGGGCGCUUUUCAUAUAUGGCACCCAGUCCAGGGGGAGAUCAGGCCCACAUCGAGAACCGUCCCAUCAGCAUGCCACCAAUGGGAAGUGAUGGAGAGAGAGUAAUGCUCAUGAAUAAUGAGCUCGCACAGCGACUGGCUAAUGGGAGACCGGGACGGCCUUUGGUUAUCAACAAGGCCAAUGACACAACAGUACCUCUCAACUACAACUCACUUCCAGAUGAGGUACAGGAGUGGCUCAGAGGCAAAGGAUUCAGUGAUAACACAGCAACUAGAAUGGGGGUCCUCACCGGCGCUCAGCUCUUCUCUCUGAGUAAGGAGGAGCUGUGCAAGGUUUCUCCUCAAGAGGGGGCCAGAGUUUACAGCCAGAUCAUGGUGUUAAAAGCUCAGCUGGAGACUAAAAAUAAUGCCACUGAGCUGCAAGCAGUGAUGAGAAAACAAAAGAUGAAAGUGGACCCCAGCAUAGAUGGAGAAGAACUUUGAUUCAUACACACACAAGCCCAGUUUAUACUUCUGUAUCAACAUGUAUUUGUGUACGUGUGCCACAUCUCAGACAGAGGGGAUGUGGGCAAGACAAUGCAAAUGUUUAUUUUGCACUGUCUGUGCACCUUCUGUGGAUUUUUUUAAUAUGUGUAAUGUUCUUCCAUGCACAUCUUGCGUAAACUAUAAAACCUAACAAUGUAUUGUAAAUAAUAAUACAUUUCUUGCUCACAUCCAGUACUUCCAUCUAUUGACCAGAGACAAGCUCUUGUUCUCCAACUACGUUUUGAAAGUGGGGUCCAUUAAUAAUAUAUACAGAACUACAGAACAUGACAGAAGUAUAAAUCAGCGCGCGCACACACACACACACACACACACGCACACUUUUGUUUAUUCAUAAUAAUAAAUUAUACCUUCAUCACCAGAAAUCUACUCCCAUCAACCACUCCUGUCAAUGAUUUAUCCAAUAAAUAUAUACAUUUUAAAGAAAA